CUAGCAAUUUACAUUAUAUAACAAACUAUUGUCUUUCACCAACCAUCUUCUUCCUUCAUCAACUCUCAAGAAAAAGAAGAAAAAAGAAAAACUCUUAGACAAGUUUUGUUUUGUUGUGUGUGUGUGUUUCUUUGACCACAAUGAGGUAUAGAAUGGAAAGAUUUGUGCUUCUUCCAUUUUCUGUUGGUUGCAUCUCUGAAUCAAGUGUUGCAAUUGGUCAUCAGCAGCAGAACCAUAAAAGUUCAUGCCCUGAACCCAUAUUAACUCCCACAAGAAGCCAAAAAGAAGGGAAAGAAGAAGAGGAAGAUGAUGAGAAAAGCUUGGAGGGUGAAAUGAAGAGCCCAUUGGGCCUUAUGGCCCUUCCCAAAUUUCAGAGGCUUUUUAAGAAUUUCAAGAACUUUUCUCAGCUAUUUGUGGACAAAGAUGAAAUGGAAGAAGAAGAAGAAGAUGAAAUGGGGAUGGAAAUAGGAUUACCAACAGAUGUGAAGCAUGUAACACACAUUGGAAUGGAUGGUGGUGCUGCUACUUCAAUCCUUAAUUCAACAAGGACUAAUUGGGAUUAUCAUCUUAAUCUCAAAUCUCCUAAUCAUGAUUUACUCACUAAAUUCCCUUCUAAUUUCCCUUUGUCUCCUUUUGCCAAUAUGGCUAGUCACUCCCCUAAUAACACACCCAUGGCUUCCUCCUUUUAAUUAAAAUUAAAUUCUAAGAGAUCAAUUUGUGCCAAACUAUAUAAACCAUUGGGACUAAAAUGAAAAUUUGUAUCAAUGCUAGCUUUUGGUUCUUGCCAAAAGUAUUGUACUGUGAUGAUUACUUGCUUAUAUAGUUUGUUGGGUGUGGGAAAAAUAUCAAA